GCGACGGAACACUCACGAUAACGAAGUUUGCUAUCAGCAUUAUGGCACCAACGAGCCCACAUACCAAUGCGGACCAAUUCGACGAUGAUCUGGACGAUAUUCUUGGAGACGUGACAUAUCCCAAUAAUGUUGUUCAAUCGACCGAGGAGCAGACACAACCGCCAUCCUGGAAUAGCAAUAAGAAUGAUACUGCAGGCGGCUUAGGAGUGGAUGAGGAGAUCGUAAUCACAAAAAAGCGCCAACCUGCCCCAAAGCUUGAUGAUCAAAGGCUUCUGUCUGACCCUGGUAUCCCCCGCCUGCGCAAAAUCUCCAAAGAGCGCCUGCGUUUCAAAGGAAAGGGCCACGAGUAUGGAGAUAUUGCUCGCAUGCUGAACAUGUACCAACUAUGGCUCGACGAUCUGUACCCCCGCGCGAAGUUUGCCGAUGCCCUAGCCAUCAUAGAGAAGGUCGGACACACAAAGCGCAUGCAGAUGAUGCGGAAAGACUGGAUAGAUGAGGGAAAGCCACGAAGUGCUACAAGAAAGGACGAGGACGAGGCUGCAGAGAAGACUCCAGUCCUUGAGAGCGCUGAACACAUGGAUGGCGUAGAGCAAGAGGGCCAAGGGGGUCCAAGACCUCUAUCGGAACACCGAGAACCUACAAACCUUCCAACUGGAGGAUCAGCUGCGCCGGUAGAGAGUGGGGAUCCCAACGAGGACGAGCUGGAUGCUUUGCUAGCAGAGAGUGAUUCCAAACCAACAGUACCGCAGACACUCCCGACUCGACCUGCACCCUCACAGGACGACCCUUUUGCAGACGAAAUGGAGGCAAUGGCGGAUAUGGACGACAUGUGGGAUUAG